AUGUGGAAGGUUACUGCGAUAUUGUUCUGUUUAAAGUUUGUUCAAAGUUUUGAGAUACAACCGAGUCGUAGUGGUAGGCUUUCGUUUAUGUCUUAAUCUUGUUUAGGGAUAAAACCCUCGGUUCCUCCAAGAUUUUAUUCCGUUUCCGAUGCCAAACACGAUGAUUAUGAUGAGUAUCAUCCUACCCUCGAGAUGUGGACAAAGGCAGUGGUUAGACAAAGAAAUGAAGUAAGAUGGGACCAGGAAAUCCGGAAAUAUUUUGAUUUUUCCAGGAUAAUCAGAGAUUUCAGCGGGCCAUGUUAAUCCCAUCUCACAAUUAUUUUGACAUAAAUCGACAAGCUGUUCCUUCAUUCGAUGGAUCACCAUGGAGUAAUGGUGGGUUAAUUGUGAUGCGGAUACUGUAGCUCCAAAGUCUUCGGUUUUAACAUAAUUUAGACUUUCGGAGAUUACCAAUGCCUUAUCAAAGUCAAGGGCUUCCAAAUGGAUUGGAAAGUAAGUUUUAAUACAAUUAUAAGUAGUUGUAAGCGCAGCAAUAACUAUUAAGUAUUAAUCUAAACAAACUUACACCCAUUUAAGGCUUUGUUUGUUGACAUACAGGGUGUUUCAAGAAAUAUUCCAGAAAGUAUUUGCGAAUAUCUUUCUGCUCUUUGCAGCUAUCCAAGAAGGUUUGAGUUGUUUUUAAAACUUGAAGUCGGGCGUUUUUGAAUACGCAAAAGAAUUUUUUCUUGCCUCGGCGGAGAGACCAUUUUCGGCGGUGACUUUUGACAUCUUUUUGAAGAUCACAACCCCAGUCUUCUUUACUAUCAGGUUUGUCACACCUGGUGUAAUCUGUUAAUUCGGUAGCCUGGCGGAUGUUCCUCAGAAAGGGUGUUGGCACUCUUUUUGUCCCAUUCCCGUAUUCUGACACUCAAAAUUUUAAAAAUAACUCAGCCGAAUCCUCCGCCACCCGUCAGAAAUGACAAAAGAAAAAUCAAAGCAGGAUAAAUGACAAUGUGAAAUGACUAGCAAAAAAUUGUUCAGCUUUUUUCCAAUUCGAUUCGCAUUUGCUUUUGCGAAUCGAAUUGGAAAAGCCGAGCCUUCGCCAAUGUGUGCAACAUCCGCCAAGCUACCGAGACUAACAGAUUACUUCUUACCAGGUGUGAGAAACUUAAUCUCAUCCGUGGUAUGGGCUUUGUAACAAGAUGUAACUUUCAAAAAAGGCGUCAAAUGUCUCCGCCGAAAAAUGGCAUCUCCGCCCGCGCGACAUUUUUUAUUUAUAUUGUCAGACGCCCUUCGGAUUUUAAACCCAAUUUUUAACUUCUUGGAUAGCUCCAAAGAGCACAAGGAUAUUCACAAAUACAUGUGGAGUAUUUCUUGAAACACCAUGUAGUUUAACGCAUUCUAUUAUUAUGCAGUCCCUGUUCCAAGAAUGAGCCCGACGAUCCGCUCAUUAUCGGAUAUAUCCGAUGUGAAAACACCUUUGGAAAGGCCCACAAAUGACAAGAUAGUGACAAUGGAGCAACGUAAGUCAUCUCAGCUGUCCAGGAACACUUUUCUUCUGGGAUCCAGUUACUGUAUUCUAUCCAUUCCAGUCUCCCCGAAACCCUACUCCCCGCUGAACCAGUGGCCUGGUCCCGAUGUGAUCGACGGUUUCAAUUUCAAGGCCCUGAGGGCUUUGCGGAAUGAAUAA